CCCCUUCUUUCUUUCUCAACAGCAUCUCACUUCAUCAUCGUCGAGAUCACUGGACAACUGCUCUAUUCGUAGUGGACGAGCUUCCCAACUCUUGCCGGGCGCGCCAAAACUUUCAGGUCAAGGAGGAUCUUGACUUGACGACCGAACAAUGUUCAGCCAUCGUCAUAAUGGAGAUUACGAGGACUACUCUACAUCUAGGACCUCCAACGUCAACCACACACCCACUCGUCCGGUUGACAAGGAGAAGACAGAAACAGAGCUGACCCAGAACAUCAAAAAGGCAACCUCGGCAGAAGAGACCGCACCGAAGCAGAAACACGUACGAAAAUGCAUUGUCUACACAUGGGAUUACCAUUCCUCCCUCCCCGUUUGGAAUGGUCUUCGUACGCAGCCGAUCCUGGCGGACGAGGUGCAAACCUUCAAGGCUUUGAUCGUCGUCCACAAGUUGCUGCAGGAAGGACAUCCAGUGACGCUCAAGGAGGCUCACGCUCAGACCGGAUGGGUAGAAACAUGCGGCCGAACAGUUGGCGAUGCCGGGAAAGGAUACGGCUCCCUGAUCAAAGCAUACACAUCCUUCAUCCUUUCCAAGCUACGCUUCCACCGACAUCAUCCAGAGUUCAAUGGACUUUUCGAAUACGAAGAGUAUAUCAGUCUGAAAAACAUUGAUGAUCCGAACGAAGGCUACGAAACCAUUACGGACCUCAUGACUCUGCAAGACCAGAUUGACUCUUUCCAAAAGCUCAUCUUUGCUGCCUUCAGAGGCUCGGCAAACAACGAAUGCCGUAUCUCAGCUCUUGUCCCCCUGGUGAAGGAGAGUUUCGGCAUCUACAAGUUUAUCACCAGCAUGUUGCGAGCGAUGCAUCGACGAACUGAUGCCGAGGAUGCCAUGUCACCCCUGCGGGAGCGCUAUAACGCCCAGCAUUUCAACCUUCGGAGGUUUUACUAUGAGUGCUCAAAUCUCAAAUAUCUCACUGGUCUCAUCAAUGUUCCGAAAUUAGGACAGGAGCCACCCAAUUUGAUUGACAGCGGGGAAGCACCGGAGAUUCCCGAGCGACCACAGGUCGAGGCCAAGCCAAACAUCCCCCGAUCGGAAUCUCCCGCCGCUACCCAAGGCGAGAUCGAGGAGCAGCGUCGUAUGCUCGAGGAAUACGAGCGGAAGCAGGCAGCACUCGUUGCGCAAAGAGAGAAAGAGCAGCAACGACAGCAGGAUGAGAAGCGAAGGCAGGAGGCCGAGUACGCUGAACAGCAGAGAUUACAGCAGGAGAGGGAGCGGCAGGCACAGGAGCAACUGCUGAGGGAGCAAAUGAAUCAGCAGUGGAACCAACAGCAGAAUGGCGAGGUGGCUCAACUACAGCAGGACAUGCUUGCCAUGCGGGGCCAAUAUGAAAGGGAUCAGAUGCUUUUGGAACAGUACGAUCGACGUGUCAAGUCUUUGGAGAGUGAGCUCGGUCUAAUAGGCGCCAACGUCGGAGCACAGAUGUCAGCCAAGGACGAUCUUAUCAAGCAGCUUCAGCAGCAAAUCGAGGUCUGGAAGAACAAGUAUGAAGCCUUGGCCAAAUUAUACUCCCAACUUCGAGGCGAGCACUUGGAUCUGCUGAAUCGCAGUAAGGGCUUCCAGCUCAAGGCAAACUCAGCCCAGGAGGCCAUAGACAAGAUGGAGCGCAUGGAACGCGAUGUCAAGGCGAAGAAUCUGGAGCUUGCGGACAUGAUCCGGGAAAGAGACAGGGCGAGAUACGAUGUCGACCGCAUGAAAUCCAGCCACAAGGAAGAAAUCGAUCGUAUCAAGCGCGACCUCAACUUUGCUCAUGAGCGUGCUGAGGAUGCUUCACGUAACAAGAGCUCGGAGGUAUCCGGUAUCAUGUCUAAAUACAAUCGUCAGCUCACUGAACUUGAAGACUCUCUGCGGUCCAAGCAAGUUCACAUUGACGAUCUCCUCGCCAAGAUCGAUGCCAAAGACGCCGAACUGGCAAGAAUGGUAGAGGAAAAGGAACAGGAGUUACUCAUAAUGCAGGAAGGCAUGGAUUCGACGCUGAAAGAGCUCAGCGACUUGAAGAUUAGUCAAGGCGACACAAGUCAAGCAUUCGACGCCCAGGUUGACACAUUAAUCCUCGAUCACCGCAAAGAGCUCAACGCGAUCAUCGAUUCCAUACUCCAAGCAUGCGUUCAGAAGGUCGACGACGCGAUGUAUGAGCUGGAGGCCCCUAUGCAGACAGGAAAUACGACCGCCACGCCUGAGUACACCCUUUCGAUGAUUGAAAAAGCCAUGACCAACGCUACUGAGUUUGCAUCGACCUUCAACCUCUUCCUGGGAAGGAAAAAGGGCGGCGGUCACGUAGAUGUCAUCAAAGCCGCCAACGAAUUUGCCCAAUCUCUCUCGGAAACUUUGCUGAGCUCGAAGGGGAUCACCCGUCUGGCCAACAGCGACGACGCUUCGGAGAAGCUGGUGCGAAUCGCAAAAGUAACGGGGGAGACUGGUCAGCGCUUCUUCCUCAACCUGCAGUCCUUCCGACUGUUGGCCGGCGGCAAGACGGAGGACGUCGCCUUGCGCUUAAAUGCAGAAGCCCGUGGCGCACUGACGAAGCUUGCCGAAGUUGUGGAAAGUCUUGUUCCCAAGUCCAAAUCCAAUCUCACGGCCGCCAACGGGGACAUUGGGGAUCUCGUCAAUCAGGAAAUGCAGAAUGCCGCUAGGGCUAUCGAGGCUGCUACUCAGAGACUACAGACACUGAUGGCGAGACCAAAGGGGCCGAAGUACAAUGCUCUCGAAGUCAACGUGCACGACGCCAUACUAGAGGCCACAAUGGUCAUCACGAAUGCUAUUGGACGGCUCAUUCAGGCUGCGACAGAGAGUCAGGAGGAGAUUGUCCGCGAAGGCAAGGGUUCGAGCACGACACAGCAAUUUUACAAGCGCAACAACCGUUGGACGGAAGGCCUCAUUUCCGCGGCAAAAGCCGUCGCCUACGCUACCGGGUUGCUCAUCGAAAGCGCGGACGGGGUCAUUUCUGGGACUCAUUCGCUGGAGCAGCUCAUUGUGGCCUCCAAUGAGGUGUCUGCAGCGACAGCGCAACUGGUGGCAGCAUCGCGAGUAAAAGCUUCUCUUAUGUCGAACACUCAGCAGAGGCUCGAAAUCGCAUCGAAAGCGGUCACUGACGCUUGCAAAGCCUUGGUCAAACAGGUCAAGACCAUCACCUCGCAACAAGUGGAUGAUGAUCACGUAGACUACAAAUCAAUGCCCUCACACGAGUUCAAGGUGCGGGAAAUGGAACAGCAGGUGGAGAUCUUGAAAUUGGAGAAGGAGCUUGGGGCAGCAAGGAGACGACUGGGAGAAAUGCGCAGGGCAGGUUAUCAUCAGGACGCAGACUAAGAUCGAAUCUGAGUGUGACAUAAUUGCAAACGUCUGUAGUUCUGGUACAACUGGUGAUGGGGUCAUGUCGAAAUGCCAAGGAGAUU